AUGAAUAAUGCAUCAUUUUCAUGGACAGAAUCGAUUUGUUUAACUAAUCUUACAGUGAAUAUAGAAUCUGAUACAUUAGUCGGUUUUGUAGGAUCUUUUGGAGCAGGUAAAUCAUCAUUAUUAUCUGCUAUUUUGGGUGAAAUGACAUUACCAUUUGAUGAACAAUGUUAUACAAAUAUCAUCCAAGCAUGUUGUCUUGAUAUUGAUUUACUUACAUUUGGAGAUGUUGGUGAUUUAAUCAUUGUUGGUAAAAAAGGUGUUAAUAUUAGUGAUGGACAAAAAGCACGAAUAGCAUUAGCACGAGCAUUAUAUAUCGAUGCUAAUAUCUAUUUCAUUGAUGAUCCACUGGCUGCUGUAGAUCAAGAAGUAGCUCGACGAAUUUAUGAUCAAUGUAUUGGACCAGAUGGAUUAUUAAAAGGCAAAACACGUCUAUUAGUUACUCAUCAAACACAUUUUUUAAAUGAAUCAGCAGAUCAAAUCAUAUUUUUAAAAGAUAGUCAAAUUGAUCCUGAAGGACAUCUUGAACAAAACAAAGAAAUCCAAACAACAACAACAACGGCAAGAAAUGAUCAAGAAAUUGAAAAAGAAGGGAUCGAACCAUUAUUAUUUGAUAUAUCUAAAUUUACGACAGAUAAUAAAUCAAUUGUUGUUAAUGAAACAGCUGCUAUUGGUACUGUAACAUGGUCUCUAUGUUAUAAAUUAUUUUCUUCCACUCCUUUUGCAAUCUUUGAUGUUUCUAAUCGAUGGCUUAGUUUAUGGUCAGCACAAUCAAAUGAAGAACAAAGAUCACCUAUUCAUAUACGUUUUUAUUUACGUUCAAGUCGUCAAAUAAAACGAUUAGAAAGUAUUACACGUAGUUCUGGUUAUGUACAUUUUUCUUCACCUUUAAAUGGUGGACUUCCAACUAUUAUUCAUGCACUUUAUGUACAAGAAGAUUUUCUACAAUUAUUUAUUCAUCGAAUUGAUACAUAUUCACGUGCUUUUUCAUAUUAA